GACAUGUGCGGGCAGACGUGGCAGGGAGACGGGCUGCUGCUGCGCUCGCAUGCCGCCUCGCUCAGGUUCUACUUCGUGGCUCCGGACACGGACUGCUGGCUCUGGGUGCAGGCGGCGGCCCCCGGCGACCGGAUCCGCUUCCAGUUCCGCUUCUUCCUGGUCUACAGCCUGACCCCCGCGCCCCCGGCGCUCAACACCUCCUCCCCGGCCCCGGCCGGCCCGUGCGCCCCCAGCUCCUACCUGCAGUUCUACGAGGGCCCGCCGGGGGCGCCCCGGCCCCUGGGGUCCGCCCUCUGCGGCCUGACCAUCCCGGUCCCCGUGGCAUCCUCCGGACCCUUCCUAGGCCUGCGCCUGGUCACGAGAGGCCGCCAGCCCCGCGUGGACUUCGUGGGCGAAGGCACCUCUUUCCAUCUGGGACCUUGUGGUGCCUACUUCCGCUGCCAGAAUGGCAGGUGCAUCCCCUCAAGCCUCGUGUGUGACCCCUGGGGCAUGGACAACUGUGGCGACGGCAGUGACCAGGGCUCCUGGUCACCAGCUGACUGCAGAGGUCCCUCUCCGGUGCCCAGCGAGACAGGAAGUACAGACGACCACACCUCCAGAUCUCCGACUCCCUCUCCAGCUCUUGGGUCUGCAGGAUCCCUCCGGAUUGCAGCUGAGAGGAGUCCCCCAGCAGGCAGGGACCCCACGAGACAGGACGCAGCUUUGGAAGGCCCCCAGCUCCGAGGGGUGGCGCUGGUCUCCUCGAUGCUCCUGGCUUCUGCUGGCCUCCUCAUGGGCCUCCUCUGGUGCUGUUGCUCUCCUAGCUGGCUGGCCUGGCAACCUGGUGCCUGUGGCCUCUGCCUCCGCUGCAGCACAGCCUCUGCCAUUUGCUACCCAUGUCCCAGCCAGACUCCACUGACUGAAGCCCUCAUCAAAGACACGGGAGGCCCCUGGCGGGGAUAGCACCGUUUAUUAAGAAAAAUCAAGACAAAGACCACAGGAGGGUCCCUUCUAGGACACAGAGGCCAGGCGUCCCAACCCCACAGUCUGGGAGCCACUGGCAGGAUGGCACUCGAGCUGGAUCUUCAGGCUCCCGCAGAUGGGGCAGGGUGGUCGGUGGUCAUAUCCCCCUCCUCUCUCUCCCAGUUGUGAGUCCGGCUUUCCCCCACCCAAGGCACUAGCUCUUCCUGGGCACCAGCGGCGGCUGAGUCCCUGGGCCUUCACUUCCAGAUGAGUGGGGAUGUGGCCUGGGGUGGGCAAGGCCCGGUGGGCGGGGCCCUCUCAGUGCUGGGCUCUGCCUGUAGCAGCUCCUGGUAAGAGCCGGGGUGGGUUUUCCCUUACAGCCCCUGAGGGAGGGACCCCGGGCUUUGUGCUGGCAGGAGGGGGUGGGAAUGCAGGCCAGGAGGGCGUGGUGGGGGGGGAGGCUGCCAGAGGAGGUGCCAGGGGCUGGGUGGAGGUGGGUGGGGGUGCUGAAAAAUGAGCUGGUGGGGAUGGGGACCGCCUGCCCAGGGGUGAGCUGCCUUUUGCUCCACAGCCGGCACUAAAGACAAUUCCCAAUCCUGAGUGGGUGGCAGAGGUUCCUGCGAUGCCCGUCUCAGGUAGCUGUGGGGCACCAGCCUACAAGCCGAGGUUGGCUCUCCUAGGAGUGAGAACUGCCCAAGGGCUGCAGAAACAGGCCACCCAGCUCUAUCUUGGGGCCUCCAUUGGUGGGUAGGGGGAGAGUGGGGGCAGUUCUGGGCCCACCCAGCCACUGUUCCUGACCCCAAGUCCUGGUGGCUUUCUGAGGCACCUACUCCCAUCAAACCUGUCUUGCCCGCCAGCCUUGUGGCUUUGCCCAGCUGAGUGGGUGGGGGUGGCGUGCCCACCUCCAGUCCAGCCCAGGGCGGUAGCAGCAAAGCGUGGCAUCGCCUCAGUUUCUUACAAAAA